UGGUGGGGAAAGCCUUGAAAAUUUGAAGCUCGCGCUCCCGUCCUUAAAGGCGACGCAGUUUUUGUUUUUGGAGAUUUGUUGCUCGCAAAUACCAGAGACGCUUUAAAUAAAAAAAGAAAAAGAGUUGUGGGAAGAAGGAGAAUAUAAAAAUACUUUACUGAAACUAGUGUGCGAGUCGUGCGUAGAAGGUCAGUCAAGGUCCCGGUGACUGGGGAAAGCGGCCGAAGGAAAAAAAAAAACACAAGCCAAAACGAAGCGUGCAGGCGCCGAGUGGGACGAGAGGCUCAGCAAUCUGUUCUUUGACUUUCUAAAAAAAUGUGGAGAACGUGAUACGGUGGGCAGUAACCGCAACAAAGCCUGCCUCUGUUUUAAAAAAGUGGGAUUUUUGUAUAAAUAUCAUUUCACAACAGCAUCAAACUACGGUACAAGGAAAUCUCGGUCACGACAAACUUUGGCUUGACUUCAUUAAUUAACGCGAUUUUACCGUCAAUUGAAACCGGACUGAACUAUCCGGUGUUUGCUUUCCCUCAGACCCGGGGGAUGUGCAGUCGGCACCGCUUCGACGGCUGCUAUUCUCUGCUGUGAAGCCUAUCGUAUUUGGAACUUCGCUUCGAAGGAGGCUCGUGUAUUGCCACGCUCCGCGUUUCUUUUUCCCUCCGUCCCGGUGAAGCGGCGCGUGAAGCUGCCCGCACCUCUCUUCACCUCACCUCCAUUGCUGGGAUUGUGGAUGCGGGCUGAAUUACUAGAGCUCUAGCCGUGCUCGAUAGCUCCACAUUGUCAAGUUUGUCCACUGAGAGACCUCGAUAGUCCCGCUUUUCUCUGUGCGCGCGAGGCGAGAAGGUACUGCUUACGAUGUCGGCGCUGGACAGGUACUCCGCUCUGGACGAGCCCUCACUUCGCAUUUUGCUGGAUGGCACCUCAGACCUUGAUGAGAGGCGAUUGAUCCGGGCUGCCAUUCGUGACCUGCGCCGCUGCGAGAUUGAGCGCAUGGAGGCCACGCUGGCGUCAAAACGCUCCCGUACGGAGAGGGACCACGAGCAGCUGGAGAACAAGGAGAACCACCUCCGGCCACAGAAGCUAUCCGGUGAUAAGACCUCUGUGACGGACAGCCUGCUCGGACAGUUGCAAUGUAUUCAUGACAUCGAGGAGCUAAAUGAUCUCUUACGAGUCACCAAUGAAUAUGAGGAGAGGAAGCUGAUCAGAGCAGCCAUUCGCAAGCUGAGAGCUCAGGAGCUGGAAGCCUUGGAGAAGCCCAGGAGCGUGGGGUGUGCUGAACACGGUGCCGAGGAGCAAUCUGAGAGUGGUCUUCCUGAGCCCAGCUGUGCAGUAAUGGACCAGACGACGAAGGACUUGGAGGAGAGGGAGCAGAUCAGGGCCCAAAUCCGAGAGCUGCGUGCUCAACAGAAGAAGGAAGAGCCACCUGAGAGCGCAGAUCUGUCUUCAGGAAUGGUGUUGGUCUUUGACUGCCUGGAUAAGGAAGAUCCCACCCAGCUAUUGUGUCCUCCCCGAGACAAUAUUGCAGCCAUCACAAACGCCCCGAGUUUAUUGUCUGCACAAUGUUUGAACUCUGGCCACUCCAACAGCGAUGCUGUUUGCCAAAGUCCACAGGACGCUAGGCCCGACUCCCCCCAGGACGCUGGCUUUUCAUCUCAGACGGACAUGGACCCCGGGAGAGCUGAAAACGUGUCGGUGCAGAAGAACCCCAGCGUGAGCGCAGAGCAGGACUUGGCCGUGGACCUUGAACUGGCGCCCCUUCAGGAAGCUCUGGGGAAAGGGCAGGAGACCCCCAUCCAGGUGAACGGCGAUGCAGUCGAUGGCAACGCUUUUGGAAAGGGGGUCACUCCAAAGAAGGGCCCCUCAGCUGCUCCUGUGCUCCAAAAUGGAACGGGGCCUUUGGAGGUCAUGGCAAAGCAUUUGGGGUUGAGAGAGAAAAGACAGAAUGAGACCACCGGCGACUUGCCCCAGGAGCAGCACCUCAGGACGGCAAGACAAAGCAGCAAAGAUUCAGGCAAAGCCAAAGACAGGAAGGAGGUCUUCUCUCCCUUCAACAGAAUCACCUCCGUCCGCGAUUGUGUAAAGAAGUUCAGUGUCGAAGAGGCCAGUCCGCGCUCCGAGCCUAGGGGGAAGUUGGCGGGCUCGAGAAACCGGACGCCCGUCCCUAAACAACCUUCCGGAGGAGAAGCUUUGUUGAAGACCGCCAAGGAGGACAGGGUCAUUGCUCCACAAAAUGGCAGAGAAGGACACGGCAAGAAUGCUCCCUGUACCUCCUCACCCUUUUCCAAGUUUGCCCCGAGCACUCCCACCUCCUCGUCAAGUCUGCGUGGGUCGUCCAAGAGUAGGGAGGGGAAAGCAAACAUGACGGACGCUCAUCAGCUCCACCCCUUGGAGCCCAACAGCCAACUGGUGGCACCCAAGCCGACGACCUCAGAAGAUGAAACCCUCGGCAGCGAUCUGAUCUGCUCAGAGGGUCUCGGGACACCAAGUGGAAUCUGUGCUCCUUUGGAAUCUGAGGAUCUCAAAUCUAGCAACCCCCUCGCCGAGCCCGAGCAGGAGCCCACUGAUCCCAGCAUGAAGACGCUCCUGACGAUUGAAAUCAAAAAUGGACGUGCACCCAGCAUUAGCACCCAGGUGCUUGGCGGUGGAAGCGGACAGCGGUCAGAGCUGAUGCUGGGCCUGAGGGCUACCCCCUUCAAGAUUUCAUCGUCAUCAUCGUCAAGUAACUCCGGAAUUCUAAACAUGGAGGCCGAGUCACUUGUACCUGUUGAUUCUACGGAGGUGGCAGCCACUGAGGCGCCCGUUACCUCCAAUGGCACAGCGGAGCCCGCCGGGAAAGGGAAGCUGCAAAGAAAGAAAAUAACGGCAGAGGAGCUGGACUGUAUCGAAGAUGAGGAAGUCCUAGAUAAGAUGCUCGAUGAGACGUCGGACUACGAAGAGAGGAAGCUGAUCCGAGCUGCCAUGAGAGAACUGAGAAAGAAGAAGAGAGAUCAGCGAGAGAAAGAGCGAGAGACCCGUCUGCAGGAUUUGAAACAAAAGCAGGACGACAGAAAGAAUCAACCGAAAAGCAUGGCGGAAAUGGUGGUCAGUAAAACGCAGAAUUCCUCUGAUGGAUCGACUGUCAGUUCGGUUACCAAAACGGAGAGGUUCACUCACUCAGGUGAUGGCACACGAGCGUCACGAAGCACCACGAUGGAAGCAAGCUACUUAACGAAAUCUGAAAAAGGAACUACAGUCGUGCAGACCUUCAGCUCGUCCACCUCCUCCUCCUCCUCCAGCUCAUCCAAGAAGGUCGGCAGCAUUUUUGACCGUGAAGAUGACUCUUCUUCUCGGUCCGGCAGUCUUGCCGCACUGGAGCGCAGGCAGGCUGAGAGGCGGAAGGAGGUGAUGAGAUCCCAGACCCUACCCAAGACUUCCGCUACCCAGGCCAGGAAAGCCAUGAUUGAAAAGUUAGAAAAAGAGAGUGGCGGGCCCGCGAAUCCUGCCAUUUCCCGAGUCGUGAAGGUUCAGCGGUCAUCCAGCUUUGGUGUGCCAAACGCUAACUCCAUCAAGCAGAUGUUGCUCGACUGGUGUCGGGCCAAGACUCGGGGGUACCAGCAUGUGGACAUCCAGAAUUUCUCUUCCAGCUGGAGCGACGGCAUGGCGUUUUGCGCUCUGGUGCACAAUUUCUUCCCUGAUGCGUUUGACUACAUGGAGCUGAGCCCACAAAACAGAAGGCACAACUUUGAGGUGGCCUUCAGCUCGGCAGAAGCCUUUGCACACUGCGAUCCUCUCCUUGAAGUGGAAGACAUGAUGAUCAUGGGGAAGAGGCCUGAUCCCAAAUGCGUGUUUACAUAUGUGCAGUCCCUCGUCAACCAUUUGCGCCGCUACGAGCUGGCCUGUCGUGGAUACUCGGAUCUCUGAGCGCGGCGACUCCUGCUGCCUUCCGACGCCUGGACCUCCAGCCCUGUUUGGCGGAAACUCAUCAGCCGUCUCCGUGUUUGAUAUCCCGGCUUACCGAAGUUCUCCCAACUUACAAGCACCUGCUCCCGAGGUGGCCGAGUAGCGCAGAUUUAGAUUGCCGAGAUGUGUCGGAGGACCGGGCGAGGGGUGGGGUCAAGGGGCGUCCGGUGGGUUUGCACACCUUCUUACCAUGCCAGGCACGAAGCGCGUCACCCGUAUAGGAAAGCAAAAGCCAUUUUUUUAGCAAGCGUUUUGCUUUAGCGUAACUUAUUUAAAUUGUGCAUGUUUUAGCAUCCGGGGUGCUUUUGCCUUUCUCUUUUUAAUUGAAAGGAAAAAAAAAUAAAAAUGACGAUUGUUGUGCACACUGGCACAGAGGAACGACGCCAUUUCCGCUGCUGCCAUGGCAACGCUGCCUCCGCUCUGUAUGGACACUCGCGCUCGCCGAUGUCGUAGAGGUGGAUUUGCGCGUCUGUCUUCCUGACUGAAAUGUUUUAAUCCCUCCGAAAGUUUUAUGAAGCAGACGACAGGCAUUUUCGGUUUCUUUUUCACCGGCGUUUUUUUUUUUUGUCAUUUCAGUACGUUGCACGUGGACAAACUUAGGCAAUGAAAUGUUUGGCUGUUUGUUUUUUUUAAUAUUUGGUUUUUAAAUAUUUGUGUAUUUUUGUAUGUUAUUUUGUCACUUGUUUUAACUUGUAGCGGUUUUAUAUUUACGGAACACUUAAUUUAUCUCGUGUGCUCAACUGUGAUGUGUUAAUGCAAGUAUUUGAUUAGACGCCACAGCGCUACGGAGACCUUGACACACCUGUAAACACUUCACACCACAAGGGAAAGUCGGAGUUGAUUAAUUAAUAAAUAAAUAAAUAAAAGUUUUCCUACGUUUUUGCCAGUA